AUGCGGGAUAACGGAGGGGGAGAGGAGGGGGGGGGACACAGGAGGGGCUUAGAAGGGUGUCAGGAUGCUCAGUCAAAAGGCUUCCUGUAUAUGAACGCUAACAGGAAAGGUUUCGUUUUGUGUCCAAAAACAUUUCACUGCUAUUUCAUUCGCAUCGAUCCGUAUCAGAUUCUUGGUCCAACCAGCAGUCGUUUGGCAAGCGCAGGAAGUGGACAAAUUCAACUUUGGCAAUUUUUAUUGGAACUGCUAUCAGAUAGCUGUAAUGCAGAUGUUAUUACUUGGGAAGGUACCAGCGGUGAAUUUAAGUUGCUGGAUCCAGACGAGGUAGCACGUCGUUGGGGUGAACGAAAAAGUAAACCAAAUAUGAACUAUGAUAAGAUGAGUCGAGCAUUACGAUAUUACUAUGAUAAGAAUAUUAUGUGUAAAGUUCAUGGCAAACGAUAUGCGUACAAGUUUGAUUUUCAAGGAAUAGCUCAAGCACUUCAACCUCAAGCCAAUGCUACAUCGGCAGAACUGUUUCCACAGUCAAGGCUGCAUCCAUCUGCUGAAUUUAUUCAUUCACCAUGGUCGACAGCUAAUUACAGAUCGUUAAUUGCUCCGCAAUUUCAAGCAUCUGCUGGAGCUCUGUUCAAUCCUCCGGUUGGAUAUACGGGUUUCGGAGCUUCAAAUAACGGCACCUUACAAACACGAAACUUCCCAUUGUAUACGGCAUCUAAUUAUCCAAAAUGCAUCUAA